AUGCUGUCGAAAACCUUCACCGCCUUGGCCCUUGCCGUCCUAAUCUCAUUGCUCUUGGGGGUCAACGGGGACGAUGGCCCCGAGAGCUCGGCGACGAAGUUGACGAACGAUGUUGACCAACAAGAGCCAUUCAAGAUUGUUCCCGGGGCUUUCAUCGUGGAGUGGGCAAACGACUUCAACGCUAGUGUUAACUUGUAUCAAGACCUAGCAUUCAACGUUGAGCGUCGUUUGGACUUCAACUAUCGCCUGUUCAAAGGUGCAUCAUUUCGCAUUGUCAACACCACGCACGAUGCUGCAGCAGAUAUUGCGAAACAAAUAGAAGCAAGGCCUGAUGUGAAAGGAAUCUGGCCGGUCAGAACUGUCCGCAUGCCCACGCCUGAGCCUGUCUCGACAGGAAGAAACGCAACCGCGGAUGGCCACCAUUUCAUAUCUAGCCUAAAGAGGCGACGAAAUGGCACAGAUAACUUUACACCACAUGUCAUGACACAGGUUGAUAAACUGAGAGCCGAGGGUUUCACCGGUAAAGGAAUCCGACUUGGCAUCGUGGAUAGCGGUGUCGAUUACACCCAUCCAGCUCUGGGCGGCUGUUUUGGAGAAGGGUGCUUGGUGUCCUAUGGUUGGGAUCUUACGGGAGACAACUACUUCCCUCCAGAAAGCCCCCUGCCAGACCCCGACCCAUACGACGACUGUGUUGGCCACGGAACACAUGUUGCUGGCAUCAUCGCAGCUCAAACCAACGAAAUGGGAUUCACUGGCGCUGCACCGGACGUCACGCUUGGCAUGUACCGAGCGUGGGGUUGUAACGGCUUGUCCACAAAUGACAUACUGUUAGACGGCUUCAAUCGCGCAUUCGAGGAUGGCAGCGACAUUAUCUCCUGCUCAGCGGGUCAGUAUACCGGGUGGGCCAACGAUCCCUGGGCUAUCGCUGCAUCACGGAUCGUGGCGCAGGGAGUCCCUGUCAUUGUAUCACCAGGUAACUCCGGUCGAUCUGGCCUAUUUCUGCCUUCAUCACCUGCGACUGGCGUGGACGUUACGGCCGUUGGGUCCGUAGAGAACACGAUCACGCCGCUGUUACUUGAAAGAGGAUCUUACACCGUCGAAAACUCGACUCAAGAUCAAGAUUUUGGGCUUCUGAGCGGUGGACCGAAGUUUACCGAGAACAUCUCAUUACCCCUCUGGGCAGUCAGCAACGACACAGCCUCUCCGAAUGAUGCCUGCGUUGCCUUGCCAGACUCUACUCCAGACCUUUCUGGCAAGAUCGUACUACUUCGAGUAGCCGAUACAUCCGCAUGUUAUUCUUCCUCACAAGCCCAAAACAUAGCAGCUAAAGGAGGUAAAUACCUGCUGUUCUACAGCCAAAGAAACUCUUCCAUUGAUGUGGUUUAUGCCUACGAGGACGGCAUCGCUGGAGUUGGCACCGUGACUCCAGCUCAAGGUGCUCACUGGAUCACUUCGCUAAGCCGAGGUCAAAGUGUCAAUAUUGAUCUCACAGCAUCGUACAUGGCAGGCAUUCGUUAUGAAUCUGUGAUGAAUGAGGUUGCUGGUGACUUAAUGAGCUUGACAAGUGCAUGGGGCCCAACAUGGGAAGUAGUCUCAAAACCUCAAUUCACGGCACCAGGAGGCAACAUCCUGUCUACAUGGCCAUUGAAUAUGGGUGGGUAUUCGAUCCUAUCAGGUACAUCGAUGUCGACCCCUCUUGUGGCAGCCAUAUUCGCUCUUGUGGGACAAGCUCGCGGCACACUCGAUCCCAUUGAGCUUCGCAAUGUCAUUUCGGCUACUUCAACCUCCAGAUCUUGGUUUGAUGGCACAAAUGUCUACAGCAUACCCGCUCCUGUGGCCCAGCAAGGGUCUGGCGUAGUCCAGGCUUACAGUGCCGCACACGCCAAGACGCUUUUGAGUACUAGCCAGAUUUCAUUCAAUGACACAGACAACUUCGUAGAUACCCAUACGUUCAGCAUCAGAAAUUUGGGGACCGAGGAAUUAGUCUAUAAGCUAGAUCACGUCAAAGCCGCCACGGUUUACACAUUUGCAGCGGGAUCGCGAUCAGCCUCUCAAUUUCCUAAUCCAACUGUCGAAGAUUGGGCGGAACUAACCUUUUCAGCCAGUGAGAUAAAGGUUCCCGCAAGUAGAUCGGCUGAGGUCACAUUCAGUGUAACGCCUCCUCAAAAUGUGAAUGCUACACAAUUGCCUGUCUACAGUGGCUUCAUCACAAUCGUCGCAAAUAACGGAGAAUCUCACAAAAUCCCAUAUCUUGGUGUCGCCGGAAGCAUGAAGGACGUGCCUGUAUUUCUGGAGGGCCCUGAAUACGGCACUUUCUUGGGUUACGCCAACAAUCCCACUCCACCAAACACGACUUUCACCAUCCCAAGACCUGCCACGACGCCGCCUCCAGGGAGCACCAACUACCCUAGCAUGAUUGCUAGCCUUUUGUUUGGAACCCAACUUGCGCGAGCUGACGUGGUUGCUUUGACUGAAACCAGUCUACCAACAGCCGAACAUUUUCACAUCAAAAGUAUUGGGCAGCUGCAGGGUUUUCCUGAGCCUUGGGUUGUUCGAAGAAACUAUCGGCCGGGAUUCACAGGGGUGUUGGCUGACGGUACCGUCGUACCAGAAGGCACCUAUAAGAUUGUAUUCAGCGGCUUGAGGGUGUUCGGCGACAUCACCAAGAAAGAGGAUUGGGAUUUUGCGGAAACUGUGCCAUUCAACAUCGAGUACUUGGAGUAG